ACCUGUCUCGUAACGCUAUGUUGAUCUACGUCGGCUGACAUCACUUCCUGCUUGCUUUUAGUUCGCUGUUAUAUGUGGAUUCUUCGUCGAAACCAAGCAGUCGAAUCCCUUCCAUUUUUCAUAACAUGCUCCGUUCUUUCCUACCCAACAAAGGAAAAACAGGAUUACCAGUUCGACGAUCUCCAUCCGCGGCAGAAGAUAGCAGUGAUCUUUGGACAAGACCAGUGGUUCGGCAAUUUGCAAUGCCGUGGCAUGUGCUGUUCCUUUGUCGACAUCUCCGGCUGCUAAGCGUCUUAAUACCACUAUGUGUGCUGGUGCUACGGAAUUUACCACUGCUCUUCUCAUGGUCCGAUAUCAUACCGGAUGGAUUCUCUGAGAAGCGCAAAAAUGAUCCGGGACAGGCAAUGAUUCCCCAUGCAUCUCAGAGUCGAGAAUGUACAUCCUGCCGCGGCUGUAUCUUUACCCGAAACGGGUAUCUGCGAAAACCAGUGUUGUGCCACAGAUGCUGCGAAAGCAGUGGCGGGGAUCAAGACUCUAAGUAGUUGGACAGACGUCAGUCAAUCGGUGUGCACACCAAGGCGUCAGGUCAAGUGACCAUUGCACUUUAGCUUUCCCGACGCAAUCAAUGGCCGAAAGAGAGAUAAUCCUUAACUGAUGUAUUUCGUCUAGAUCAGUAAAAAGCUCACUGCUGGGCUUGGUCAAAGCCCGAGAGCAAGACUAUUGGGAAA